GGUAGAGUCUCUUGGUUUGCAUACACAAUGGGUCCCUUUUCUCUGUUUUUCUUUUGCUUGGCUACAAUGGGAUAUCUCAUUGAAGCUGUACCAGUGGAACCCCAUAGUUCUGCUGAUUCAAAGUGUCCUCUGAUGGUGAAAGUCCUUGAUGCAGUUCGAGGAACCCCAGCUACCAACCUCCCAGUAAAAGUGUUCAAAAAGGGUGAAGAUGAGGCCUGGAAGGAGUUUUCCAGUGGGAAAACAAAUGAAUUUGGAGAAAUCCAUGAACUUAUCACUGAUGAGUUAUUUACCGAAGGCUCAUACAAGUUGGAAUUUGACACCAGCUCAUACUGGAAGGCACUUGGCAUUUCCCCAUUUCAUGAGUAUGCUGAAGUGGUUUUUACCGCUAAUGAUUCUGGUCAUCGUCAUUACACUAUUGCUGCUCUUCUCAGUCCCUUUUCUUAUUCAACUACAGCUGUUGUCAGUAUCCCAAAGGAAUAAGACCAUGCGUAAUUCUUUCAAAAUUCUAUUACACUUUUGUAGUAAUAUUUUGAAGGAGGUAGUUAAUUUGCACUAUCAACGGCUUGCUUCCUGCAAUAGUAUGUAACUGCUACUGCUUAGCUAUUUUUUAAUACAUCAAUAAAGGUUCUCUAAAUAUG